UUCCAGGAGCGGGACGCCGACCGGGUGCGGCUCAGCCGCUGGGGCGAUGGGCUGAGCCUGAGCUGGGGAAGUCCGCAGUUGCCGGCUGGCAGCGGGCGGCCAGGAAGCGGCGUCGGUGUCGGCGUCUCCUCCUCCUCCUCCUCGUCCUCCUGUCCGAGGAUGGAGAGAGCCAUGGAGCAGCUCAACCGCCUCACCAGGUCCCUGCGCCGCGCCCGCACCGUCGAGCUGCCCGAAGAUAACGAAACUGCUGUCUACACUUUAAUGCCAAUGGUAAUGGCUGACCAACAUAGAUCUGUUUCAGAGUUGCUGUCAAAUUCGAAGUUUGAUGUCAAUUAUGCAUUUGGACGUGUGAAGAGGAGCUUGCUUCAUAUUGCAGCUAACUGUGGGUCGGUUGAAUGCCUAGUUCUACUGUUAAAGAAAGGUGCAAACCCCAACUAUCAAGACAUUUCAGGGUGCACUUCACUUCAUUUGGCUGCUAGAAAUGGCCAGAAGAAAUGUAUGAGCAAGCUGCUAGAGUACAGCGCUGAUGUCAACAUUUGUAAUAAUGAGGGCCUGACAGCAAUCCAUUGGCUUGCUGUGAAUGGGCGAACAGAGUUGCUUCAUGAUCUUGUACAGCAUGUUACCAAUGUCGAUGUUGAAGAUGCGAUGGGGCAGACAGCACUUCAUGUAGCUUGCCAAAAUGGCCACAAGACGACAGUUCAAUGUCUUCUGGAUAGUGGUGCAGAUAUCAACAGGCCCAACGUUUCGGGAGCAACUCCACUCUACUUUGCUUGCAGCCACGGCCAAAGAGACACUGCACAGAUCCUUUUGAUGAGAGGAGCCAAAUAUUUGCCAGACAAAAAUGGGGUCACUCCACUUGAUCUUUGUGUACAGGGUGGCUAUGGAGAGACCUGCGAAAUCCUAAUACAGCAUCACCCUAGACUUUUCCAAACAAUUAUUCAAAUGACACAAAAUGAAGAACUUAGAGAAAACAUGUUACGGCAAGUCCUAGAACACUUGUCUCAGCAGAAUGAAAACCAGUACCUUAAAAUUUUGACUAGUCUUGCUGAGGUGGCUACAACAAAUGGUCACAAACUACUCAGCUUGUCAAGUAAUUAUGAAGCUCAAAUGAAGAGCCUGCUGAGAAUCGUGAGGAUAUUUUGUCAUGUCUUUCGACUUGGGCCAUCCACUCCCAAUAAUGGAAAUGACAUGGGGUACAAUGGAAAUAAAACUCCAAGAAGCCAAGUGUUCAAGGUCAGAAAAGUAGUUGACGUUAUUAGGAAGAUAGACCUUAAAGAGAUGAAUUUCACAAAGCAUGCAUUCAUUAAUCAGGCAUCUCAUGAGGAGGACCCUCUGGAAUUACUCUGGCACUCAUUAGAUGAAUGGUUAGCUCUAAUAUCUGCAGAACUGAUGAAAAACAAAAGAGACUCUGCCAAUAUCACUUCUAUUUUACUGAAGCAAAAGGGACCAGAUCAACAAGAUGGCGCUCCUACACAUAUAUUUGAUGUUGCCGCAUCAGAGAAGAGCACAGCAUUACCUAUGGACAUGGGGGACCCUAAAAUGUAUGAAGUUGGGAGUACGCAAGAAGCUUAUGCAGAUUACCAGGAUGUUAUUUCCGUGACAGCAAACCGGCUGAGUGCUGUCAUUCAAGCAUUUUAUAUGUGUUGCUCCUGUCAGAUGCCUCAAGGAAUGACAUCUCCUCGUUUCAUAGAGUUUGUCUGCAAACACGACAAUGUUCUUAAAUGCUUUGUAAACCGAAAUCCCAAAAUUAUUUUUGAUCACUUCCACUUUCUUCUUGAGUGUCCUGAACUCAUGUCCAGAUUCAUGCACAUCAUAAAAGCACAACCCUUUAAAGAUCGCUGUGAAUGGUUUUAUGAGCACUUGCAUUCAGGGCAGCCAGACUCAGACAUGGUUCAUAGGCCAGUGAAUGAAAAUGAUAUUCUGUUGGUCCACAGAGGUAAGGAAUUUCACCCGAGCCAUCCUCUCCAUUCAAAACCCUUCUGUGCAGACAAAAGUAAAGGAAUUAAUUGGUUUUCAUAUUUAGAUUCUAUUUUUAGGAGCAGCUGCGAAGUUGUAUCUAAAGCAAAUUGUGCAAAGCUGAAACAGGGAAUUGCUGUCCGUUUCCAUGGCGAAGAAGGCAUGGGCCAAGGCGUGGUACGUGAGUGGUUUGAUAUCUUAUCCAAUGAGAUAGUUAACCCAGAUUAUGGCCUUUUUACUCAAUCAGCUGAUGGAACCACUUUCCAGCCAAAUAGUAACUCUUCUGUAAAUCCUGAUCACUUGAACUACUUCAGAUUUGCUGGACAGAUCUUGGGUUUAGCACUGAAUCACAGACAGCUGGUCAACAUUUACUUCACAAGGUCAUUCUACAAGCAUAUUCUUGGUAUUCCUGUAAACUACCAAGACGUGGCCUCUAUUGAUCCAGAGUAUGGAAAGAACUUGCAGUGGAUUCUAGAUAAUGACAUCAGUGACUUGGGGCUGGAGCUGACCUUCUCUGUGGAGACGGAUGUGUUUGGAGCAAUGGAGGAAGUGCCUUUGAAACCAGGGGGUGCAAGUAUAAUUGUCACACAGGAAAACAAAGCAGAAUACGUUCAACUUGUUACUGAACUUCGAAUGACAAGAGCCAUUCAGCCUCAAAUAAAUGCUUUUCUCCAAGGCUUCCAUAUGUUCAUUCCACCUUCUCUGAUACAGCUAUUUGAUGAAUAUGAACUGGAACUGCUGCUUUCAGGUAUGCCGGAAAUAGAUGUCAGCGACUGGAUCAAAAAUACAGAAUAUACAAGUGGUUAUGAAAGAGAUGACACUGUUAUUCAGUGGUUUUGGGAAGUUGUAGAAGAACUGAGUCAGGAGGAGCGAGUAUUGUUGUUGCAGUUCGUCACUGGGAGUUCCAGGGUGCCCCAUGGUGGCUUUGCCCACAUAAUGGGUGGUAGUGGAUUGCAAAAUUUCACAAUUGCUGCUGUGCCAUAUACCCCAAAUCUUCUACCAACAUCAAGCACAUGUAUCAACAUGCUGAAGUUGCCCGAGUACCCCCAAAAAGAGAUCCUUAAGGACAGGCUUCUUGUGGCGUUACACUGCGGAAGCUACGGUUAUACAAUGGCAUAAUGAAGUCAGACAAUGCCUCCGAUUACCGAUGUGGAAUUCAGAGUGGCAGAAGUAAUUUAACAACCUGUCAAUAAGAAGAUGAUGUUGGUUGGAAAACAACUUGAUUUCGCAGUCCGUGAGCGGGAUUGACUUCCAUUGGAAUUCAUCCAGUUUUCCCUUUUCUUUUAUCUCAUCCUGAUCUUGAGAUAGCUGUUUCAUGGUAUACCAAGUACAUUAUAGCUUCAGUUUUAAAUGGUGGUUCUGUAUUAAGCAUGUCAUACUUUUCCCUUUCAUCUCUCAAAUAUGAGGUUUGCCCCAUUAUGAUUCUGCCUGAUGUUUAUCAGAUCUUUCAACUUGGUGCUUUCCCUCCUACUCAAAGGCCAAUUACCCAUGAGGGCUGCAAUCUGGUAUACACUUGUUGGGUCAGGAUUUCUCAGACAUGGCUACCAGGAACUUUCAAUGCUGCCACUCAGUCAAUAGUUUGCGCCAUAGAUUUGUAUUGGAUAUGCAUUUCCUGUGGCCUUGUCUCUGGGUCACAGUUAAAGGGCAGUUUGAGAGCCAA